GGGCGGCGAGGGGAGGGGGAAGUAGUCCCGGCCCGCCCUCCGCGGCCGCAUCACGCUGGGCGGGAGCGCGGAUCCCUGCGCGGGGUUGCUAAGGGUGAAAGUUUGCUGUGAGUUGGCUCACUUGGGGCCAGGGCGCGGGCGGCUUCGGGCCGGUGGGGUGAGGAAAGAGGAGGCGGCGGCGACACAGGUACCAGCACCCGUACCCCCACCUACGGGCGUUCUGUACCACCUCCGGCCCGCCCCGCGGAGGAACCGCACCGCUGGGGAUAAGACGAGGGAGGGGACGGGACGGGGCAGAGACCCGCACGCACCGCCUGUGCUUCACGGCAGCGCCCACGGCCCCCGACAGCCGCCACCAGCAGCCGGCCCUGGAGCCGAGUACGAAGUCUGUUGGAGCCAAAUCCUAUGUGCGUGUCAUUUUGUCUCUUUUAAUACACUACCCUGACUUGCUUGCUGUGAAGAGAGCAUGCAUCUGGAGAUCAAAGUUGCUCUUAACUUCAUCAUCUCAUACCUGUACAACAAGCUUCCUAGGAGGCGGGCAGACCUGUUUGGUGAGGAGCUAGAGCGCCUGCUGAAGAAGAAAUAUGAGGGCCACUGGUACCCGGAAAAGCCUCUGAAGGGAUCUGGCUAUCGCUGUGUUCAUAUAGGGGAGACGGUGGAUCCAGUGGUGGAGCUGGCGGCCAAGCGAAGUGGGCUGGCCGUGGAGGAUGUCCGUGCCAAUGUGCCAGAAGAGCUGAGUGUCUGGAUUGAUCCUUUUGAGGUUUCCUACCAGAUUGGUGAGAAGGGCUCUGUUAAGGUCCUCUACCUGGAUGACAGCGAGGGCUGCAGUGCUGCAGAGCUGGACAAAGAAAUCAAGAGCAGCUUCAACCCUGACGCCCAGGUAUUUGUCCCCAUCGGCAGCCAGGACAACUCACUGUCCAAUUCUCCGUCCCCCUCCUUUGGCCAGUCACCUAGUCCCACUUUCAUCCCUCGCUCUGCCCAGCCCAUCACUUUCACCACUGCCACCUUUGCUGCCACGAAGUUUGGCUCUACUAAGAUGAAGAAGGGUGGAGGAGCUGGAGGAGGGGGUGGUGGAGCAGGGGCUGGGCAGCAGCCGAGGAUGGUCAGGUCUCCCACCACCAACCUGCUGAAGCACAAGGGCCUCUCCCUGUCUAUGCACUCUCUGAACUUCGUCGGGAGCGCUGGGAGCCAAGCCCCGCAGUCACAGCUCUCCCCCAAUGCCAAGGAGUUCGUUUACAGUGGCGGGUCACCAGGAGCCAGCAGUCUCUUCUUCGAUGGUGUUGCCAGUGAGAAUCAGGCCAGCAGCAUUCCACCGGCAUCGCAGUUCAACACCGGCACUGGUGGUACCUUUGAUAUGGCUCAGGUCUUCGGUGGCAGCACCAACAGCCUCUUUUUGGAGAAGUCUCCCUUCGUGGAAGGACUCAGCUACAACCUGAAUGCCAUGCAGUAUCCCAGCCAGUCCUUCCAGCCUGUCGUCCUGGCCAACUGAACACAAAGAAGUGAGAGUAUUC